GGGGGGGGGCGAUUGGGAGGGGGCAUGGGGAUGUCUGGGGAUGAAUGGAUGCUGUGUCUGUGUCGGGAUUGGAACGGGUUGAUGUGGUUGAUAUGGUUGCAUGUGGAUGUGGUAUGUAGCCUUGUGGUCUGGUCUGUCUGACGCAAGCCAUGGCCGACCAAGACACAUCCCUCUGAUUGCGGGUGUACUCACAGAAAGCCGAGGUACGAUGAUGGUGAACAGGCGUGUGGUGACGUGAUGAAGCUGCAGAUCAAGGUCGACGAGAACGGUGUUAUCGCUGAUGCCAAGUUCCGUACUUUCGGUUGCGGGUCGGCGAUCGCGUCGUCGUCACUGGCGACCGAGUGGGUGAUCGGCAAGACGGUUGAGGAGGCUGCGGCGAUCAAGAACGCCGAAAUUGCCAAGUACCUCUCGCUGCCGCCUGUCAAGCGCCACUGCUCGAUGCUUGCCGAGGACGCCAUCAAGACUGCACUCCACGACUACAAGGAGAAGCUGGAGAAGAAGACCCAGAACUAGGCGUAGAGUGUGUGCUGCCGGAUAAACUGUUUCUCCCACC